AAUGGAUCCCAUAUCAAAAUACAAGUCUAACAAUAUGGCAUGGAUACCCCAAACUUCAUCAGCUUCAGCAGCAGGAAAUUCACAGUCAUCACAUCAAUCUCAACAACAACAGCAACAACAACAACAACAACCUCAACAACAACAACGGUUACCAUCUACACAACUUUAUCCUUCUCCUGAAACUUCUGUUAUUCCUCCAGCGCAUCCAUCUAAACGAACUCGAAUCUCAAGAGCAUGUGAUACUUGUCGAAAAAAGAAAAUAAAAUGUGAUGUCGAUAAUUGUCACCCAUGUACAACUUGUAAACAAUAUGAUUGGGAAUGUACUUUUAAUGAUACAGCUCGAAAACGAGGACCUCCAAAAGGAUAUAUUGAAAGUUUGGAAGCGAGAUUACUUCGAAUGGAACAGUUAUUAGGUCAAAUACAGAAUGACGAUGACAAAAGUACAACACAUCAUGGCUAUGACACUAAUAUGACAACAACUUCUACAAUUGAAUCAUUACCCACUUCUUCAACAUCAUCACAAAGUCCUUCAGGUGCAAAUAGUCCUCAGUCUCCUCAUGCAUCAGUAGAAAGUGAACCAGUAACUAAUUCAAACUUACCACCCAAAGGUAAGGUUGUAAGGUUCUUAGGAAGUUCUUCUGGUUUAUAUCUUGUGAAUGACAUUUUGAAAAACAAGGACAACAGAAACAGUGAAACAACGAAUAGUAAUGGCACAUCUAUUGGAAAAACAAAUGGAACUGAUUUAACAUCAUGGUAUCAACAACAACAACAACGACAACAACAACAACAACAAUCUCAUCUUCAUUCGACUACAUCACUCCAAGCGAACAAUAACAACACCACAUCACCAUCAACAACAAAGGAAGAUGACAAUUUUACAUCACUAGAAACAAAACAAGGUACUUAUCGUUUACGGCGGAUGAACAGAUAUGAUGAUGAUUUGGUGAUGGUACGAGAUGAAACAGAAGAUGAAAGUAGAAUACAGGCAGCAGCAGCAGACGAACAAGAAACGAUGGACUCAAUUAUACCCCGUAGUAUGCUUGCUAGUCUGAUCAAGGUUUAUUUUGAAGCUCAUUGUCCCACUUUACCCAUCUUGGAUGAAGAAGAAUUUGUCAAUGCAUUCGAAGGCAAAACAAGUCCACCUCCCUCACCUCUAUUGACCUAUGCUAUUUGUUCCUAUUCUUGUUUCUUGGUGCCUUCCAAUCAUCCUAUUUUUACUCGGUCUGGUUUGGAAAGAAAUCAAAUCUUUCAUACUUUAGUGGAUCGUGCUGGACUUUUGAUUCGUACGGAAUACUUGACACCUCGGAUACAAACCAUUCAAGCUCUGAUUCUUCUAUGUGCUCAUCCAACCUAUUCAUCUGGGUCUUAUCGUAAUUGGAUUCUAGCAGGUAUGGCGGUUCGUAUGGCUCAAGAUCUCGGGCUACAUCGAUCAGUAUCAAACACGAACGCGGCUACUGAAUUGAUUGAAAAACGACGACGACUUUGGUAUUCUGUGUAUUUGACAGACAGAUGGUGUUGUUCAGUGAUGGGACGACCUCUGGCUAUUGCGGAUUCAGAUUGUGAUGUAGAUUUACCUCAAGCAGAUUGUGCGGAUGAACCUGGACGGUAUACCAUGUUUGUCAAUUUGGUCAAGCUGUCUGGUAUUUUGGGUGAGGUGCUACGACGGAUCUAUUCACCUAAAGGAAAGGCCAUGGGAUACGGUACAUCAAUUAUGGAACAAACAGUAUGGAGUCUUGAUAAAAUGCUAAAGGAAUGGUUUGAUCAAGUGCCUGCUGAAUGUCGUAUUACACAAGAUCAAUUACGGGAAAUGAAAGGAAUGGAACAUACACAACGUGACAAAUUUAGAUCUGGUGGACCUUUGACAGUAUGUUAUUAUGCUGUGGUAGUGCUUUUAUUCCGACCUUUUAUUGUCUUUGAAUGCAACAAUCAUCAUGGCAGUAGACUUUUCAAUGAAGCUCCUAAACGAUGUAUGGAUGCUGCUAAAAAUUCUAUUGAUGUGGCUCGACAUACUCCUGGUAUAGAAAUUGUACGAUACGGAUGGAAUUUUGCAGCUUAUUCUAUAUUUCAAGCAGCUUUGAUUCAUGUUUACAAUUGUACAAGUAAUGAUCCUGUUGUUGCUCAAAUGUCUCGUGAUUAUAUUCGGAUCAGUAUUGAUGAAUGUAUAGUGCCAAUGACAAAUGAUAUUCCCUAUGGACCUCCAGUGGUACAAUUUUUAGAAAAUUUGUUAUAUUUGAUGAAAGCGGAUCCAUCUGUUUAUCGUUCAUCUUCCAAUGGUGAUGGAUCAUCAUCUACGCAACCAACUUUUUCUUCUUCAACAAUACCAACAACAUCGGCAACAACGGGUUAUAGUCAGCAACAAGUACCUUCAAUGCAACAUCCUACAUCAUCAACGUCUUAUUCAACAUCUUCUUCUAAUUUUGGUGGAAUGACCAAUGAUACAACUUAUAAUACUUCGACAUCCCCAAUGAGUGUGCAUCAAAUUGUAUCCGGUAUAGAACAAACGUCCAAUACAACAACGGGAAGACCACCAUCAACACAAUCAGCACCAGUGAAUAAUAAUGGAGCAAAUCAAACUUCUGGUUCUAAUCCUGUGGAUUUAAUUACUUUGGCAUUGACUCAAGAUUCACUUUUAGGCAAUGAAUCCAACCCAAUGAUGACUCAAGCUACUUGGCAAUAUUUAUUCUCAUCUGCUGGCACACCUUUUAGUAACAAUGCAACCGGUGGAUCUGAUUUUCAAGGAUCAUGGGAAAAUAUGUUUAUGGAAAGUCAAGGAAAUGCAAAUUUUAUCCCAUAGAUUAAUGUUAUUUAGAUUAGUAUUUAUUUUUUUUUUUCAUAUAUUAAUAAAACGGGUUUUGAUGUUUG